AUGACAAUUUUGCCGAGCAGCUCGAAGAAGAAGUGUGUUUUGCGCAAAAUUCGCAAAUCACCGAGACCUGAGCAAAGUUUGAAGAGAUGUGAGUUUUUGGGCUCUAAAUUCUUGGAAACCAGGCCUAGAAAUCUUGAAAAUCUGUGUUUAAACCUGAAAAAAAACCUGCCUAAGGCUUCAAAGGCUUGACGAGAUCUGAUAAUCUUAUAAUUUUGCUCGAUCCCAAAAUCAAGCCUGUUUCCAGCUGCUCUCUCAUCACCGCGAAUCGAACCCGCGUCCAAAAAAUCCGUGGCCGCCGGCGAUUCUGCGUCAACUUCUGGCGGCGGUGGCGUCAAUUCUGACGACGAAUACGAUGAUUUGGAGGCGGCGUCGAAUGAUCAGGUAACUAACCCUGGGCUACUCUUGGACACAUUUUCCCUAUUUUCAGAUUGAAAAAGAGUUUGCGGAGCGAUUGGCGGCGCGUGGAUUGAUUAUCAAAGAGAUGAUUGGUGAUGGAGCCUGUAUGUUUAGAGCAAUUGGUAAGGUUUUUUGCUGGGCUCAUUCCCCCCCCCCAACCUAGAUUUGAAAAAUCCCGUAUUUUCCAGCCGAACAAGUCUACGGCGAUCAAGAAAUGCAUUCGCAAAUCCGACAUCUUUGUAUGAACUACAUGGCCAAAAAUCGUGAUUAUUUUCAAGAUUUUAUCACCGAAGAUUUCGAUAGUUAUAUUGAAAGAAAACGCGAUGAGGCGGUUCACGGAAAUCAUUUGGAACUUCAGGCGAUUUCUGAACUAUUUGCGAGACCUGUUGAAAUUUAUCAGUAUAGUGAUGGUAAGAGUUUUUUUGGGUGGGAAAUUUGGAGCAUUUUGAAGCCUUGUUUUUGUGCUCAAAACGAUAUUCUGAAUCUUCUUGAAAUUUGGAGCAUUUUGAGCCUACACAUGACAAAGUUUGAGCUUAGGGUUUCCUAGCUGAAAUUAUUUUUUUUCAAAUUCCUAUUGGAAUUGUGACCAAGUUUAGGCUUAAAAAGAUCAGAAUUUUUGGAUUCAGCAAAAGAGGCAGAUAAUUUAAAUCCACGUGGAAAAAUGAGCAUUUUGAGCCCAAACAUGGCCAAGUUUAGGCAUAAAAUGCUCUCCAAGUGGGUUCCAAAUUUUCACCAAUCAAAUUCAGAAUCUUCUCGAAAUUUGGAGCAUUUCGAGAUCAAAAUCACCUUUUCAGAACCCAUCAGCACUCUUCUACCACGCGGACUCAGCCCAAAACCAAGUCCAGACCAGGCCGGUCCAUCACAAUCCGAUGUUCAGAACGCUCCAAACGCUCCAAUUCGCCUCAGUUAUCACGGCGCCGUUCACUAUAACGCGAUUUUGGACCCGAACAAGGCGACAAUAGGUGUAGGCCUCGGUCUACCGGGUCUCAGCCCAAAAGCCGCUGAAAAAGCUCUGAUGAGUUCAGCGAUGGCCAGUUCUGAAAGAGAGCAUAUUGAGGAGACGAUGCUCAAGGAUAAGUUGGAUAUGACGGAUUGGCAAAGAACACAGAAAGAUAUUGAGGAACAGGUGGGCUUUGGGGGAGUUAAGAGCGGAAAAUUCGUAAAUUUUUGAGCCUUAUGGUCAAACAUUUUAAAAAUUGAGGUUAAUAAGCCGAAAAUUGCGGUUUUUUGAGUGUAAAUGAGUUCAGGCUUGAAAAUUCGCGAAUUUUUGAGCCUGUAGAACUUUAGGGUCAAAAAUCUGAGAAAUUGAGUCUAAAUAAGCCUAGGUCUCGAAAUUUGCGGUUUUUUGAGUCUAAAUAAGCCUAUGGCUAAAAAUGCAGAAAAAUUCGAAUACAAUUUUUUUCUGAAAAAAUUCAACUUUUCUCAAGAUUUCUCGCGACUCCUAUUUGACAUAUUUACGCGAAAUCGAGAAAACCGACGAAGCGCCGACAACAUCGGCGACAACUUCUGGAAAUGCCCAGAAAUCUGAAAACCAACCGGGAUUGUAUGAGGAAUUGUUGGCUGCUCAAAGUUUGGGUAGGCCCGAAAAUUCAUUCAAUUCAAAAUUUCAUCAUAUUUUUCCAGAAACUGAUGAAUGGGACGAAGAUAUGGCGAUAGCUCAAGCGCUUUUGUUGAGCCAACAAGAUUAUUUGUCAACUCAAGGACCAUCGACUUCUUCAAAAUGA